AUGAGCCGCAUCGGCCAGCCCGUGGGCAAGAUCGUGCUCACGAACGUGGCCGUCGUGCGCAUGCGCAAAGGCGGGAAGCGCUUCGAGAUCGCGUGCUACAAGAACAAGGUCGUUAAUUGGCGCAACGGCGUCGAAGAGGACAUUGACGAGGUCCUGCAGAUCGCCAAGGUCUAUGAGAACGUCUCCAAGGGCAAAUUCGCAAAGAAGAGCGACUGGACCAAGGCUUUCAACGUGCAGAGCGAGGAACGAGCGUGUCGAGCGAUCCUCGAUUAUGGCGAGCUCCAGGUCUCGGAGGGCGAGCGCAAAGCUGUUGUCGAGAACAUGUAUCGCGAUAUUGCUACGAUCAUAGCGGACAAGUGCGUGAACCCUUCGUCCAAUCGGCCGUACCCGUACACUGUGAUUGAGCGCGUGAUGAAGGAGAUUCACUAUGCGGUGAUUCCGAAUCGAAGUGCCAAGCAGCAGGCACUGGAGCUGAUCAAGAAACUGCCGGAGCACCUUCCCUUAGCACGUGCAAAGAUGAAGAUUCAGAUUACAACGCCAGCGUCCGGUGCAGACGUGAUCAAGACGGAGCUGCUGAAGGAAGGCGCGGAGAUUGUCGAGCAGACGGGAAGCGACACAGUGCGGAUGGUGAUGCUCAUUACACCGGGGUCGUACCGUAUCGUCAACUCGCUUGUGCGGGACCACACGGCUGGCCAAGGAUCGUUGGAAGUGAUUGAUCUGAAGAGCCACGAGGAGGGCGAACACACGAUUGACGAUGAGAUUUCACAAAAGACGGAGCGUCUUGGACUGUCCAGUACUCCUGCUAUUACUGCUGCAUCUGCUCCAGCAUCAGCAACAGCAGCGAAAAGUGCAGCAGCUUUCACUGCUGAGGUGAGGAAGACACGGCCGUGCAGCACUUGCGGCGGCGACUUAAGUGCUGAUGCGACUACGUACCGGGAACACUUUCGGUCGGAAUGGCACCGCUACAACCUCAAGCGCAAAUCAAAGAAACAGCCAGUGAUCAGCGAAGAAGAGUUUGACGCCCUGGACACGAACGACGUAGAGGUCUUUCUUUCCUCUAUGAGCUGA